UUGACUUCUCGACCAUGCACAAUGUUUACUGCUGUUGUUUUACCGAUUUUGCUAACCAUAUUUCAAGUAACUACCGUUUCUUCUUUAAGUUCAGACCCAUGUGAUACUGCUACUGACCUGCCUAUGAUAAAUCAACGAAUUAUUGGAUACAAGCUUGUAAAGGAUGAAAAACCUGUUUGUGAUAAAUACCUUCACUUUUUGGGCGAAUGGUUCAGUUUAAUGGGAAAGUAUGUCAUCGCUAAUACAACGCUGAAUUGUGGAACAAAUUCAAACUGGUACUUGAAAGAUAAAUUACCUAAAAAUGGCACUAAAGAUGUUGAAGUAUGCCUAAACGAAGGUCCCGGAAAAACAUGUUCAGAGAAAACAACGAUUCAAGCAAAAAAAUGUAGCAAAGGCUACGUUUUUCAUCUUUCACCAACUACAGCCUGCUCAGAAGCUUAUUGUAUACAACCUAUAGAUGGCAAUGUGAAAAGUGGCAGUGGUCCUCCUGAUAUAUCUAGUGUUAAUCCAAUAGUCAAUGUCGAGGUUGUUAAGAAAUACAAGGUCUCUCUAGAAUUCUACUGCGAUAUUUUACCGCCUAAAGGAACAGAUCUUCAAUAUGUCGUCGAGUGGAGUUUGUUUAGCGGCACAUCGUUAAUCGGGUCACUAUACAAAACAGCUUCCGUCAGAUAUUUUGGUCAAACAGAUUUCAGAAGCAAGACAUCACUUAAAGAGCACCAUUUAAAGUCAAACAAUAUCAAUACACCAGGAUUUACGCUUGGAUGUACAGUCAAGGCAAGAAAUGGUUCUGACGGCAUGUACAGUCAUUCAAGAAACAGCGCCGCAAGGUUUUUUGGAAUACAGGUCGCUAAUAUAUCCUCAGUGCGUUUAAAGGACAGUGAGACGAAAACAAUAUUUCUAAAAUUAACCAUUCCGUUUGGAUGUCCACAUGGAGAAUGUUUUUUAGAUGUAAAUACAUACAUUCCAAAAACGCGCGAUUCUUGUCUAAUCCACAGAGUUAGUCAUAGUGUCCACAGUGAAGGCAUUUUUUGUGGUGUCCGAUUUUAUAAAGAAGAUUAUGAAAAGGGCAGUUUGAAACCCUUUACAAUAACAGCAACAUUCGGCAAGAGCCAAGUGCUUCAAUCGGGCUUGGUAUAUGAUGUUGUGUUCGUUACCGGAACUAAACAUGAUCACAGUUUUUUCGCAAAUUAUCAAGCAGCUUCAGUACGAGUUGAACUGGAUAUAAAUCAAACAAAACUACAAGGAAAGGAAUGCUACUCAAGAAGUGACCCCCACAUGUUAACAUUUGAUGGAAGGAAGUAUGAUAAUCAACGAGCGGGUACUUUUAUAAUGUACAAACACAAAGAGCUAGCUAUUGAGGUACAAACUAAAACCAAACGCUGUUCAAAAUGGGACAAUACAAACUGGCGUCCGUGGUGUAAUUGUGCCGUAGCAGUUCGCGCAGGAAAAGAUUUAUUCAUCUCCGAUUACUGCAAAGACAACUAUAUUAUUCCGGCAAGGUUUGCAAUAUGUGAAGAUGGAAUUUUAUCACGAAGUGUAAAAAGAUUGCAGAACAAACAUAAGAUCUUUUUGCCUUCCGGUGGUAUCGUCGAACUUGAAAACGACGGGCAAUUUAUAAAUGUACAAAUAAAACCGUCUUUAGUAGAUUUUGGAAAGACAGAAGGUCUCUGUGGAUCAUUCGAUGACAACAAAGCAAAUGAUAAUGCAGUGCGGACAAAUUCAAAAGCAAGGGAUAGUUCUGAGAGUUGGAUUGUUAACGAAACGGCUGGUGAAAAUUUGUUUGAUAAACACAAUUAUCAAAAGUUGGAACAUUGGAAAGAAAGUAGGUACCUAUGUAGCUGUGUAAGGGAUACGUCAAGAAGUUACUCAGAUCCACUCAAUCCUGCAGUUAUGUGUGAUCCUUCUAGAAAGAUUUUAUGUCCGGAAGACAGGAAACUCGAUACUGUGAAACAUACCUGUGAUUUGUACCUAGAAAAGAGGCGAAAACGUUCUACUGACAAGAUUUUAUCGGAUCACUAUGAAAAUGCCGCUACCAGCUAUUUUCCAACGAAAGACUUUAAAAAUGACCAACCGUAUCCUGAAGUUUCAGUAUUGCUUUUAAAAAGAGGGAGGCGUUUUGUUUACAACAAUGUAACGGCCAGACUGGAUUGCCUUAAAAUGAUGAAUACUUCUACAUUUAGAACAUGCAAGAAAAUACCUGGCCUAGAUUUUAACAAUCUUAUUGAGAUUUGCAUUGCCGAUGCUAUGCUGACCAAUACUAUGAAUUGGACACUCAUGCAUCUAGAAGCUAUAAAGGCAAAAUGUAUUAAUCACGUUGAUGUAAUGCAACCAAUACCUGAAGAGGAAUUGGCCGAUCUCUUACCAUUGUUGGAUCAUGUCACAAAUACAACGAAGCCAGACAGUAGCUUGAAAACUACCUCAGCUGUACCAGUACAUACACAACCGAAUACAUCUAGCAAUUCCGGAUUUCUUUCUAUAUCACUAGAACUACUUAGCAAUAUAAAAGCUAAUUCCUGUCCGAAUGAAUGUUCCGGUCAUGGAAAAUGCACGAACGGAACCUGUUUCUGCGAUAUACCAUUCACUAGUUUUGAUUGCUCGAUAAACGGUACAAAACCACCAGUUUUGCUUGGAAUCCCGGAUAAAGGCAAGUGUGAUUUGAAUGAGAGGAAAUGUGCUGAAACCUCUGUGAUUGGCCGCAAUUUUGCUGAGACCAAGUCGCUCAAAUGUAGACUUAUAUCGUUUACGAUUGACAGAUACAACAACGUGGAAGUGGCAGAAACAGUCGAAACGUCUGGGUAUUUUGAAUCACUCUUUGAGGUAUAUUGUCCUCUGAGUAAUGGACGAGUAAAACGCUCCAAGAAUGCUGACCUUGCAGAUGAUUUUGUAUCUCGAGGGUUCCGUGUAUCUGUAAGCAAUGACGGCAAUGGAUACAGCGACGAAGACAGUAUUGUUAUAUUUGAUUCACAAUGCGUCGAUUGUUCUAAAGUAAAUGGGAAAAUAGUCUGCACUACAAAAACUGGAUUUUGCAUGAAAGGUGGUAAAUGUUUUCAUCCCGGCGAUAAAGUCGGCUGUCAGAUUUGCAAGACAAGCAGCUUUGGUUAUUCACAUUGGGAGAAUGGGCCAGAUUGCCUAACACCAGUCGCAACUGAAGACAAUGGAACAUUGUGGAUAAUAGGAGCAGUUUUAGGAGCCUUUGCCUUCAUACUCCUUUCAGUUAUAGCUGUGAUGUGUUACUUAAGUAAAAGAGGACGUACGCCAAUCCAGAAGAUUAAAUUGAUGGCUGAAAUUAAAUAGCGUCUAUUACAAUUUGAUAUUUACAGAAAUAAUAUACUUUCAAAGACAAUAAUUGUUGAAUUUCGCUUUUUUGUUUUUGUUUUAGCAAUUUUACAAGCCUUAAAGUGUCAUGUUUAUCAAUAAUGUAUGAUAAAUAAACACAAAUUUGUG